CGCCUUUUUUCUCGACUCCGGUCGUCUCUCGCCUUUUCCCUCCAAUAGUGUACGCAGUGAUAGUAAUCGGCCAAGGGUCCAUUUUUCGCGGUGAUUGCCUCAGUCUGGCUCGUCCGAACAUUGUUUUUGCUCUCAAGGCCAUUAUUUACUCUCUGGUUUCCCCUCUGCCAAACGCGCCCAGUCUCUCGGAUUGCAAUAUUUCCCUGAAAGCUCUGAAAUUCAGAUCGCGCGCCAUCUUUUCCCUCUGAGGCAGAUAUAUUACACACACACACUGCUCGCACAAUGGCAUUUACAAACGGGUCGUUUGCGACCUUCUUAAUCGUCUGCCCCACCGCCUUUUUCCUUGGCAUAAUAUUUUCCCUCUUCCCCUACGACUACCCGCUGCUCUGGUCCACCACCCCCACUCCGGCUUCGCACUUCGACUAUGUAGAAGCUCACCUCAAAUUCCUUCAUGCCUCCCCGCCGCUCAUCCCUCGCAUCCUCCACAUUGUCAUGUUCCUCGGCCUCGCCGGCCUUAUCAUGAAACUCUACCGCCCUUCCGAAUCAAACAUGCUCUUUGACGGCGCCAGUCUCGUGCUCUACAUGUGCGGUGUCAUCGUGUAUGUCGCCAACAUCGUCAAGGGUCUUCGCAUCGUUACGGCUGGCGAGUAUGGCUCGCAGAUUGCUGGCGAAGAGGGAGAGCAGAUCUUGGGCAGGGAGGAUAGCUUGAAGGUGUUGGCGGCGAGUAAUACCAUUUUGGCGCUGGUGUUGGUCGGUGUGUUGGUGUUGCAGGCGGGACAGUGGUAUGCGGAGAGAAAGGAGAGGGAGGAGUUGGAGGAUAUGAGUAAGAAGUCUGAAGCUAAGAAGGAGGAGAAGGAGGCGCCUAAAGUCACAAGACAGACUAGUGCCAGUAAGAAGAAACAGUAAUUUGGGGUUUCUACGGAGUAGCUAUGGUUGAGGGAAAGCUGCGAAUGGUACGGAAAAGUUAGCGCACUGCUGAAAGGCGGUGCGGGUGUUUGUCGAUUGUAACAUGAGAAGUGGGAAUGAAAUGUUUGCAAAGAGAAUUUUUGUUAUUAUAUGGCUG